AGAUUGAAUGCGUUCCUUUUUCACGCGUGCGUGAUUGAGAGACUGUAUUUAAAUACGCGGCAUUUGUGGCGACACAAAAGUAGCAUUUCUAGAUUUUCCUUGUCAUUGUUUUCUGCUGUCAACUCUGUUCUGUUACCUUCUCUGUUUGAAUAGAAAGCUGGAGACUAAACUAAAUGGAUCUUGACGACUACUAUAAUCUCGACUUUAUAUUAGCAGAACAAACGAGAAUACCAUGUAUAGCGCUUCAGGAUUUUGACGAGAGAGCAAACCUCACAGGCGAUAAAACAAAAGUGAAGAAAAACUCAAAGAUAGAAAUGCCGUUUUGGAUGGCCAAGCCGUUAGGCAUAUUUGUAGCUCGAGAGCAUGAGACGCUUCUCACUAUGUUAUUACCACGGAUGUACGGCACAAAAAUGCGGAAUGCGCUAGCAGCGGGUGCUUCAAGUGUAGAUCUCAGAUCGAUCUGUCCUUACUAUUAUAUUUUUGCCUGCCAAGUGUUAGGUGCUCUUGAGGAUGAACAAUUGCCGGACAUUUUAGAAAAGGCUUUUCUAAUUAGAUUGCGUGAUAUCAUGGAUUUUUCAAAAACGGAGGGUUCUACCUUAGGUCAUGAGUUUGUACGAAAAUUGGAUGAAACCGAAAUGGGAUUAUUCAGAGUGGGGAAAGCUAGCGCUGCUCAAGCGCGUCGUUGGGAAGAGAGAAAUAUCAAUUCUAUCAAUGCUUUUGAUCUGAAAGCAAGAAGGCAAUAAUUUUUUUUAGAUUAAAUUUGACCAAAAGGAAUUACUGUUUUACCGUUUUCCUAAAGAUACCGGAUAAUUUAUAUAUCAACACAACCAAUAAAAAUGUGAUGCAGUUACAAAUGUGAAU